AUGGCAUCACUCAACGGAAAACUUGCCAUUAUCACAGGUGGUUCGCGAGGAAUCGGUGCCGCAAUAGCCCGCCACCUGGGUCAGAUGGGUGCCAGCUUACUUCUCUGUUAUACAUCUCCAUCAUCCGAGGAGGCCAUCAAGUCCCUGGGUGCUGAUCUGCGAGAGAAGCAUCAUAUUCGGUGCGAAUCGGUCCAGGCGGAUCUUGCGACGCCUCAGGCUGCUGCGAAACAAAUCAUCUCCGCAGCCAAGAUGCAUUAUGGAGAUGCAAACGGCAAUCUGGUGGUGGAUAUCCUCAUUAACAACGCGGGCAUCGGCGGCAACUAUGAAAUUGGCGAGAUUCCCGAGCAAGCUUUCCAUGAUCAGUAUGCUGUCAACGUUCUCGCUCCGCUGAUGAUGACACAAGAGUGCAAGCCGUUUCUCCCCCACGACCGGUCCGGUCGUAUCAUCAAUCUGUCGAGCGUCUCAUCCUCCCUCGGAUUUGUGGGGCAAACCAUUUAUGGUGGCACCAAAGCUGCGCUCGAGGCCAUGACUCGUACUUGGGCCCGUGAGCUGGCGGAGCGUGCCACUGUCAACGCCGUGAGCCCGGGGCCGGUUGAAGGGGAUAUGUACUAUGCCGCAGGAGAGGGGUUCUGGAAGCAGAUGGAAAGCUGGCAUUCGAAUAUGCCUCUCGCUGCAAUUCGGGAAGGCGUCGACGACCCGACUCUCGUCAAGCUCAGCAAGGAGAAGAUGGGCGGAAGAAGACCGGGCUACGCGCACGAAGUUGCCGGGAUCGUGGGUAUUUUGUGCCUGAAGGAUGCAGGCUUCUGCACAGGCAGUGUUGUGUGUGCGAACGGCGGUUUCCGCUUUAGCACCUGA